GAGGGAAUGAGAAGAGCAGGACUGAGGUGAAGUGGAUUGGGAAACAUACUGGAAUGUGGAGGAGGUGAACAAGGCAAGAGAUAUCUGAUUAGUUUUUUAACGGUAGCUGAGUUGGACAGAAUCUGAGUAACUAGCUGGCCACUGUGGGUGAAAUGUGACACCAGUAGUUGGCGGUAGUGCAGCGCAAUGGAUGCAAACCGACGUUAAAAUAUACAGAAGAAAAAAAAGACACCAAUAAACACCAACAAAGAAGAAUACUUGUAACUGAGGAAACUAGCUAGCAAACCUGUCCUAGUUGUUCAGGUCAAAAGUUCCUUUAUCUCUGCUGGUGCUAAUACACCCGUAGGGAAAACAGAUGGAAAAACAAAAACAAAUUAUGUGAAUGUUAAAAAUGCAAUUGUUCUUUUCAAAAGGCGUUGAAUCUGUGUUGGCAUCUUUGUUUCAAGACGGUGACUUUGGCACGGUGAGAUGCUGUCAAAGUAAAAACACGGAAAUAUAUUAAAACGGUCUAUAUCCGAAGUUCUACUUCCGGGAUUGAUCUGGUGCUGGAUUUCUGAGGACUAGGUGCUCCUCAGACCUCUGCAGGCUGCAGAUCCAACCAUGCCGCUCCAGUUUGUGUAUAGCACCCAGGACUUUGUCAGAGAUGUGCAACGAAGCAGUGGAAACAGACUUGGGAUUGCAUCAUUGCCAGCAAAGUUUGACACGACCGUCCAUGCCGGCUGGACAGACAGAAUGAACAGGGGACUCUUCCGCUACCAUCUGGGUGAUUUACAGACGCGUAUCCUGUCGGGCCCACAUGGCUAUGUGGCCCAGCUGAAUAUUCAAAGAGGCAUAGAGAGAAGAAAGCCUCAGGAGAUACUUAGCAUUCAGCAGGCGUUUAAUGCCAAGCAGUUUAAUUUUAACAAAAUCAAUCCAGAUGAAAUCAUUUUUGAGAUGAUAAAGGACGUUGAGGGAGGAAAAGAAAAGGGACAGUUGCAUGAACCCUGCAGGAUGGUUGUGCUGGUCAAUGUCAGCCCUUUGGAGUUCGGACAUUGUCUCUUUGUUCCAGAUCCUUCACGCUGUUUCCCACAGAUCCUGACAAGCUUCACUAUUCAGGUUGGUAUUGAAUCUGUGCUCCUGAGCUCCGAUCCUGGCUUCCGUGUCGGGUUCAAUAGUCUUGGAGCAUUUGCGUCCGUCAAUCAUUUACACCUACAUGGGUAUUACCUGGAUCAUGAGCUCAAGAUAGAAUCUAUGCCAGUGAAGCCUCUGGUUCCUGAAAAGGGGUUUUAUCGCUUAUUGGACUUUCCUGCAGGCUUUUUGUUCUACACAGAAUCAGAGCGGGUGGGGAAAGUGGCCAGAGCCAUCUGUCAAGUCACAGAUUUUCUUGUGGAUGGUAAUAUUGCUCACAACCUGUUCUUGACUAGAGGAUGUCCGCCCUGUGAUCGCACACAGAACCAAAAGGAUCACUGUUCAAGAAAAGGUGUUCGUAUUGCUGUAUGGCCCAGAACAUCAUGCUUUGGUGCCAAGGAGGAAUCUGCCUUCAAUGUUGCACUCUGUGAGCUGGCUGGACAUUUACCAUUUAAGAACAAGGAGGACUAUGAGCUCACAACUGAGAAAGAUGUAAUGGAUGUCAUCCAGAGGUGUCUACUGCCUGAUGCAGAGUUUCAAACAUUGGAACAGCAGCUUACUCGUCAUUUGAUGGAUGUAUAAUGUAUAGACGUUAAAGCCUUUUUGAAUCCUGUGUUGGGAGUUUGAAGGAACUAGGUCAGAAGCUUCACAAGUUCUGAGAAGUGUUUUUUUUUAACCUCAAUUAGAAAAAUGAAUAUCUUGACACUGGAUUAUACUUUGGGAGCUAAGUUGAAUCUCUUUUCCUGAAUCUGGUAGAUGUGCACAAUACCUUCUUAUCUAUUUUAGAAUAUAUAUUUAAUGGAUGUGCUGUAUUAAAAUGGUUUCAAAUAAAAUGCCAUAAGCAUUUUAUCUAAA